AUGUCUCAACCAAUGUUUCAUACAUCAAUUAAUUGUAGACUUCUCAAAUUAUUUCUAGUUUUUAUUUCUAUUGCCAUCGUUUAUUUAUGUUUUAAUGCAUAUACUACUAUUACUAGUAUACUUACUAAUACAAGAAACAUUCAAAUUCAAUCAGAACCAAAUCAAAUGCGACCUCAUGCUUAUAUAAUUACUGAGAAUUGCACGUCAUUACGUUUUAAUACAACUAAAGAAAAUAUUCAACGUGUAUUUCCAAAUUUUUUUACUAUUUUAUGUUAUUUAUUUGUACCAUUAAAUGAUACUCGAAUUCAUACAGCAUCGGUACCCCUAUGGAAAAAAUUUUCAUCAAAUUUAUUAACAUUCAUAGAUAUUUGGACAUAUAAAAUUCCAAAUGACUUAAAUAUUAAUGAACUUGAAUGGACAUUUAUAUUUGAAGAUGAUGUUAAUUUUGUUGAUCCAUCAAAAGUUUCAUUAUUAAAUUAUAUAACAACAUUACAAGAAUUAAUGUAUAAUAAAGAAAUUCAAUCUAAACAUGGAUUUUUAUAUUUAGGAAUAUGUGGACCAACAUUUGAUAAUAAUAAUCAAACAUUAAUAUCAAAAAAUACAAAUAAUAGUCUUUUUAGUAAAAAAGCUUUUGGAUAUUGUCUUCAUGCAACAGGUAUAACAAAACGUCGAUCGAGAUUAUUUUGGGCUGAAAUAUCAUCAUAUAGACCUAAUCCUGGGGAAGAAGCGCUUGAUGCUCAACUUCGAAGUUAUUGUAUUCGAAGUGACAAUCAUUUUUAUACAAUGGGUUCAAAUUUUCAUUUUCCUCCUGGUACAGGACAUUAUGGAAUUGCAUAUCAAGAUCGAGGAAGAUUUUCAACAACUAUAGCAAAAUAA